UGUAGGAAGCCAGAUCAUCUCAUACUUCCCUCCUCACAGAUAGUCAGUCAGAAAAACAGACAGAGAGACAGGCAGUUAGGUAGACAAGCAGACAGACAUGGCCAGGCUGGACGUGACAGAGACCUUCCAUCACAUCUCAUUCCCUGGGCACAUUCACACCCAGGACUCCCUGAACUAUGCCCUCCACUUCCAGUUUCAGGACAGGGACACUGUCAUCGCCACCUACCCCAAAUCAGGGACUACCUGGAUGCAGGAGAUUGUCACUCUUGUGAAAAACAGAGGGGACCCACAACUCUCCAAAACUGUGCCCAACUGGGCACGAGCCCCCUGGCUGGAACAGCAUGGCAGUGCAAAGGUGCUGGAGGCCACCCAGGGGGACCGAAUCAUCACCACUCACCUGCCCUACAACCUGCUGUCUUCUGCGCUUCAGGGUUCCAAAGCUAAGGUUAUCUAUGUCACCAGAAACCCCAAAGAUGUUGCUGUGUCAUAUUACCACUUCCAUAAAAUGGCCAAGUUCCUCCCAGAACCCAAUUCAUUUGAUGAGUUUCUGGAUAGUUUUCUGGAGGGAUCAGUGAGUUAUGGGUCCUGGUUCGAUCAUGUGAAAGGCUGGACGAGUCAAGCAGGAGUCUUGGCAAAUGUUCUUUAUAUCUCUUAUGAGGAGAUGUGGCUGGACCUGCAAGGCUCGAUGGAGAGGAUCAGCUCUUUCCUGCAGUGCCCCCUGGUGGGCGAGGAGUUAACCAACUCCCUGAGACACUGCAGCUUCAGCAGCAUGAGCGAUAACGCCAUGGUGAACUACACUCAGAUCCCAAAGGAGAUCAUGGACCACAGCUAAAGCAAAUUCAUGAGGAAAGGUAUAAUCGGUGACUGGAGAAACACUUUCACAGAGGAGCAGAUUGGUAUUUUCGACACCGUCUACAGCUACCAGAUGAAAGACUGUCCCUUGACCUUCAUGUGGGAGUGUCCUCCUGAGUCCUGUGGGGAAGGAGGAGGAGGACAGGCCUCGGGAUCAGGAUAGGGACCUUAUCCUCCAUGACGCCGGAGAUUGAUGGAUACGCUUCAUACAAGUCCUGGAAUUCUCUCACUUUUUGUGAAUGUACAUAUAAUGUACACAACCCAAUAUAGUAAAACUAUAUAAUAAAAUUGAUAUGCAAAUAUAA